AGUAAAUAAAAGAAAGUAAAGAAAUAAAAACGAAAAAAAGAAAAAGAAAGGAGAAAGACGCAGAGAGCAUUUCGAAGCAGGGGAAGAAAGAAUAGGACAGAAAAAUAAAGGGGAAAAAUUCGGGAUUUGAAGCUUGAAGUUAAUUGCUAACAAGGAACCCAAGGCAUCCACGAAGAAAGGAAAAGAAAAAAUGGAAGAGGAGUAGACACGAGAAUCACGGGCACUCUAUGCUUUUGGCCUUUUGCUUCUCUGCAUGUUUUUGUCUUUAACUUUAAAUAAUAAAGAAAAAGGUGCCCAACAGCCUCCUUCGAUCAACUCUCAAAACCCAGCUUGGUUCAUAUAUAAAAAAUGCUGCUGCGUACAGAAGUUCUAUGGACCACCCACUUAAGGGUGCAUUACUGGCAAGAUUAUAUAGUACUGAGCCAUCUUUGCAGAGAGAUGAUUCAGAUUUAAAGGAUGGCAAUGGGUUUAAGGGGCAUGAUAUGCUGGCUCCAUUCACAGCUGGGUGGCAGACCACUGACUUACAUCCCCUGGUUAUUGAAAAGUCUGAGGGAAGCUAUGUUUAUGAUGCCAAUGGGAAAAAGUAUCUGGAUUCUCUCGCUGGUCUAUGGUGUACAGCAUUAGGAGGAAAUGAGCCUCGACUUGUGGAAGCUGCAACUGCUCAAUUAAACAAGUUGCCAUUUUACCAUUCUUUUUGGAAUCGUACGACAAAACCUUCACUGGAUCUUGCAAAGGAUCUUCUUGAAACUUUUACUGCAACCAAAAUGGCAAAAGUCUUCUUUACAAACAGUGGAUCUGAAGCUAAUGAUACUCAGGUGAAGCUCGUUUGGUAUUAUAAUAAUGCACUUGGAAGACCAAAUAAGAAGAAAUUUAUUGCUCGAGCAAAAUCAUAUCACGGUUCAACUUUGAUAUCAGCUAGUCUUUCUGGACUUCCUGCUCUACAUCAAAAGUUUGACCUGCCAGCUCCAUUUGUGUUGCACACUGACUGCCCUCACUAUUGGCGCUAUCAUCUAGAAGGUGAGACGGAAGAGGAAUUCUCAACAAGAUUAGCCAACAAUUUAGAGAACCUUAUUCUGAAAGAGGGUCCAGAGACGAUUGCUGCAUUUAUCGCCGAGCCUGUUAUGGGAGCAGGAGGUGUUAUACCUCCUCCUGCUACUUAUUUUGAGAAGAUACAAGCUGUUGUGAAAAAGUAUGACAUACUUUUUAUCGCUGAUGAGGUUAUUUGUGCAUUUGGAAGGCUUGGGACGAUGUUUGGAUGUGACAAGUACAAUAUUAAACCAGAUCUUGUUUCACUAGCAAAGGCUCUUUCUUCAGCAUAUAUGCCCAUUGGAGCAGUCAUGGUGAGCCCUGAAGUUUCAGAAGUCAUUUAUUCUCAAAGCAACAAACUUGGUAGUUUCUCUCAUGGAUUCACCUACUCUGGGCACCCUGUAUCCUGUGCUGUUGCAAUUGAAGCACUCAAGCUCUACAAGGAGAGAAAUAUUGUUGAGAAAGUGAAGACCAUUUCACCGAGGUUUCAAGAUGGUCUAAAAUCCUUUUCUGACAGUCCUAUUGUUGGAGAGAUCAGAGGUACCGGCUUGAUUCUUGGUACUGAGUUUACAGACAACAAGUCGCCUAACAAUCCGUUCCCUCCUGAAUGGGGGGUUGGUACAUAUUUUGGAGCACAAUGUGAGAAGCAUGGGUUGCUAGUACGUGUUGCAGGUGACAACAUAAUGAUGUCUCCACCAUUUAUAAUUACUCCUCAAGAGGUUGAUGAAUUAAUAAGCAAAUAUGGGAAGGCGUUGAAGGCUACAGAGGAGAGGGUGAAGGAACUCAAGUCUCAGCAGAAGAAACACUGAAUAGGUUAUAUUGAUGAUGGUGAAAAUUAUGUAUGUUGCUUCGUGUGAACUGAAAGCUAUUCGCAGGGUUCGUACUUGGGACAUGUUUUCUGUAAGAUAUAUCUGGUGCCUUAAUAAAGAAACUGUUUUUAGUCUUA